CUUUCCUUGAAAGCAAACAGACCCCCCACUCCACUCCACUCCACUCUACUCCUUGUCCCAUGCCGUGGCCGCCGGCGUCGAGGCCCGGUGGCGGCGGAGGCCUUGGCGCCGCCGCCAUUUCGUACGUGGCAGUCGACUACCUGCGCCACGUGUCUCCGGCGUGGCACGCGCGGCUGCAGCCAUUGCUUUGGACGGCGCUAGCGGUGGUGGCCGUCAGCCGAGUCCCGUUCUACCGCCACUGGUCGGCGGAGCUCCGAUCGGCGUUGCCGUUCCUCGCCUCGAUGAUCUUCAUGCUCUCCGCUCUCCUCUUCGAAGCUCUCUCCGUUCGCUUCGUCACCGCCGUGCUCGGCCUCGACUGGCACAGUGACACACCUCCUCUUCCAGACACUGGCCAGUGGUUGCUCCUUGCUCUUAAUGAGAAACUUCCACAUGCAAUAGUUGAGAUAUUGAGAGCCCGUAUAAUCGGACUGCACCACUUUCUCAUGUUGUUUAUGAUGUUGGCAUUCUCUGUUCUAUUUGACUCCGUAAAAGCUCCUGGACUUGGACUUGGUGCAAGAUACAUGUUCACCAUGGCUAUUGGCCGCCUUCUUCGUGCCAUAACUUUUGUAUCAACAAUUCUUCCAUCAGCCAGGCCUUGGUGUGCAAAUGCUCGGUUCAGAGUACCUGCGUAUCCUCAUCCCUGGGCUCAAAAAUAUUAUGUCCCUUAUGCAUCAGAUGCUAAUGCUAUACACCAGAUUAUAAGAGAGGAUGUAGCUUAUGCUGAUCCUGGAGAAUACUUAACUGACUUUCGACCAGAUUGGGGCUCAAUGAGUUUCCUAAUCAAUUUUCUGCGACCCACGGCAUCAGAAGGAUCUUCUUGGUACAGUUUGCUGAAGAAAGCCGGCGGUGGCUGUAAUGACCUUAUAUACAGUGGCCACAUGCUGGUUGCUGUAUUAACUGCUAUGGCAUGGACGGAAGCUUAUGGAGGUUUUAGCUCGGCUCUCAUAUGGCUGCUCGUGCUGCAUAGUGCGCAGAGGGAAGUACGAGAACGCCAUCACUACACUGUGGACUGUAUCGUGGCCAUCUACGUGGGAAUCCUCCUUUGGAAGAUGACAGGUUUCAUCUGGCCAGCGAAGAACACCGUGAAAGAAAGGAGGCUAGAGAUGCUCGAGAAGAUUCAAGGUCAACUAACUCAUGCUGCCAAGGACUCUGACAUUGAUGAAGUGAGAGAGCUUCUGCAGGAGAUCGAGCUGGGCAGCCGAGAGAACCAGAGUAGAGAUCCAAGCAGGGCAAUGUGGUUGUUUGCUUGUGCGACCAUUUUCUUCUCCAUCACCAUUGUUCUUUUGGCCUUCACGUGGACGAGUGACGGAUAAAUUUUCUGCCAAGGUUUUCCUUCCACGAAUUAGGUGGUAGACAUUGUAAUUCAAUGAGAUAUUCACACUUCCUUGGUGAUAAGUUUUUGAGUAUUACGAUCUUAUAGGUUCUCUUUAUGAUUAGAUUUUUUUUUUCUACACGCUUUUACUGGUUUGGUAAAAACUGGUUUCUUCAUGGGAUAUGUUUAGUUACUUCAGUUCAUUGACCAUUCAUUUGGUGACUUGUGUGUGGGAAAAUAACUGAUUAUUUCCGUGAGCUUUUGCUUCCCUCUCUCUCUCUGUCAUACUUGAUUAUAGUUGCUAA